GUUUGAGUGUGCUUUCGUGUCGGGGAUUUCUGAGUUUGGGGCGGAAAGGUUGACAUCACAGAGAUAGAAAAGGCAUAGGAUUUAUAUUGGAUGCACGGCUGGUCAACAUCAGAUAAAACACGACGAAGAAGAUCCUCCUCAUCCCUCCUCUCAGCAUCAUGAAGACUCUCUGCUUCUCUCUGGGACUGCUGCUGCUUGCAGCCUGCUGCUGUGAUGCCAUCCCGAAAGGCGUAAAGUUCAGCACAGCUCCUGGAACCUGCUGCUUCAACUUUAAAAUAAAUGCAAUACCGGUGAAGUUGGUGUCCUUCAUCACCCAGACGCACAGCUCCUGUCCCAAGAAGGCGUACAUAGUCCACACUGUCAGAGGAAAAAAGAUCUGCUACACUCAGAGCUUCCAGUGGGCUCAGGACAUGUAUCGGCUCCACAACACCGAAGGCAGCAGCUAGCCGCCACCAAGAUCGUCAGCUAUCGGCUAUCGGCUUUAGUUAAUAAUUGACUGCUUUUUUAAGGCCUUAUGGCUUCGCUUUGUAUUUGUAUUUUCAUAAAACUGGCUUAAAAAUAAACAAAAAAAUUUAUGCAAGUUCUCUGAAAAGACUGUUAGACGUUUAUGUGACUGAUCAGAUGUGUGUUAGGUAUGUUUUGUGCAGGGCAAGAACUGUAAAGAAAUAAUAAUACAAAAGUGCUUUUUACUCUGCUGCCUCAAGCUCAAAGCUGU